CGAGCAAACAGUUGUUGCAUUCCUACUUUACGCAACGCGAUGAUUGGAUGCGGUUAUCGCAUAAAAAUUAUUUCCGUAGCUCUUUGAUGCAUCGUAUUUAAAAGAAAAUUAGAAAGUAACGUUGAUUAUGAAUUAAAGUUAUUUUUUUUCUUAUUCCGCUGAUUUGUACUACACUGUGUUAUUUAAAUACUUAAAGGUACAGUACUGACAGGAGCGAAACUGGACGCGAUAGUGCUCCCGUACCAUUUUUCUAAUCAAUUCGGUUCGAUUUUCUAACAUAAUCGUAGCUGUUAUAUUAGAAGAUAAAAUUGAUUUGUGUUUUCUCAUGGGCUUUAUCGAUGAUGAAUUACAAGAAGUGUCAAAACUUUGUCAUAAUGUUGUCGAAGGUAGCCGUCUCGUCUCUUGUGUGCGUACAAUGGUGCGAGUGGAAAUAACAAAAACAAAAUUUAAGACAAUUAUUGUGUGUAUUCAAUUCUCAGAAGACUAUCCUCGUACACCACUAUUAAUUGAAUUAAAAAGCAAGACACUCUCUGUAAAGUUACUUGAUGGUCUGGCUGAAGUUUGUGAAAAGGAGUGCAAGAAAUUUCUAGGCAAAGCUCAGGUACUACAAAUACUGAAAUUUGUUCGUAAUUUCAUAGAUGAAAAUCCCUUAAUUUGUUGUUACGAUGAAAUUUCUACCAUAAAAAAGACUUUGGAGAAUGAGGAUGAAUUAAAAUUGAAACAGAAAUAUUCUUGUAUUGGCCUAAAAGUCCAGCGAGGAUUAUAUUAUUUCAAAGCUAAGAUUGAAGUACCGGACAAUUAUCCAACAGCUUGUGUGAAAUUGGAAGAUGCAAAUACAAACUUUCCACCACUUUUUAGACGCUACUUUCUGGCACAAGGAAAGGAGUUAGCUAGACAAUGCGUAGAACCACCCCUUAAAAAGAAAUCUCAAGCUCCUUUCACCCCAUCACCAUCUCUAAAUACUGUAACUUCUUUUCUUGUAAAGUCUGUAAAGACCUUGCCACAAGAACAUUGUCAAUCAUGUAGGCAAAUGUGUUUACCACCAAACCCAGAAAAUGCAGAAACCAAUGAAAAUGCAGAUAUGCAUAUAGAAAGACUAUAUUGUGGACACUUAUUUCAUUUGCAAUGUCUUGUGACAUAUAUGAAGACUCCACCAUUCCAUGGUGGUAAAAAGUGUCCAACUUGUAAACAACGUAUUUAUCAUGAAAAAUGGGGACUAACUGAUAAACUUGCAGAGGCACGUUGGGCCCACCAGCAAGCAAGGGCAAGGGAGUUAGCAGAGGUAGCUGAUUUCUUUAAUUGAAAUAUAAUUUAAACUACAUCAUAUUUUAAGAAAUUGUAAUAUUUCCAUGGUGAAUAGAUUGUUAUUGAAAUCAUAUUACUAUAGAAAGUUACACAGUGGAAGAAAGAAAACUAAGACAGUGGAUUUCCAAAAAGAAAUUAUUUGUAAUUCUAUGUAUUUUAAUAACAAACCACAAAUAUUUAUAGGCCGGUUAAAAGAAAAUUCUUUUCAUAUUGUGAUAUAUUGAACAAUUUAUAUUCAUAUUGCGAUUUAUGAAAACAGUUUGCUUAAUGUGGUGCUACAAUAUAUUAAACAGUCACACAUUUGCCACUGUUGGAUCAACAUUACCAUUUUUGUUAUUAAACUAACGUAAACUUUCAUACUUCAAUUUUAUACCAGACUCAAGAAAUUUAUUCUGUACAGCACAGUAUAA